UAAGGAUUUAAGGAUUGGCUGCCUGGUCAGUAGCACAUUUCCCAGAUUACACCUCCCACAUGAGGUGACCAAAGGCUUACUGUGAGCCUUAGUUGUGCAGCAGGUCUGUGCAAGAUGUUUGCAGAGAUGUGCACACAAACUGAUACAUGGAUGUAGAUUUACGUCUGUACCAGUUCCAGAGACAAUGUUGGACACUGUGUUCGCCUCAAGCCAACAUGUUCAACCUGAUGAGCAACUGCUGCACCUGGGUCUCCAAAAUACAGGAGCCGAUCAGUAAAGUCACCAUUCUUGUGGUUGGUCUCGACAAAGCAGGAAAAACAGCCUCGAUCAGAGUGAUGUUAAGAGUCCCACACAGCAGGGACGCAGGGCCGACUCAGGCCUGUGUCAGAAGUGAGUUGAGGGUGGAGAACUACCUGGUCACCCUGUUGGAUGCUGGGGGAUCUGCAGAGUCUCGGGGCUCCUGGAAGGACCUGUGUGCUGAAGCUCAUGGGAUCAUCUUUGUGGUGGAUUCCACUGACAGGCAGAGGAUACAGGAGGUCCGAGAGGUUCUGGCUGACCUGCUGAAGCAACCCCGGGUGGCAGGAAAACCUUUAUUGGUGUUGGCCAACAAACAGGACAAAAUGAACGCUUUGGUGGGAAGUGAGCUGAUUGAAAUCCUGUCUCUGGAGAAGUUGGUCAACCAGAGCUGUUCUUUGUGCCAUAUUGAGCCCUGUUCGGCCUUAAUGGACCUGCGACGCUGGUCAGACAGGAAGACUCUACGGGGCCUUCGCUGGUUGCUGCGUGCCGUUUGUCUGGAUUACCCUGAGCUGUGUGCACGUGUGGCCCGGGACAGCAAGAUCCCUUUAAAACCAGAAGAGAGAGAACCACCUGGGAAAAACUGGAAAGCAGAGAAAAGAUGCAGAAAAACCAUAGAAGAGCGAUUGAAAUCCAGCAAGUCGGACCUUCACCAGGUUCAUCGACUAAACGACAAGGACAAAAAACCCAAGGGCGACGGGAAGCUGCAACCCAUUCGGAGCAUGCUGCAAAAGGAAAAUAUGCUGAAAAAGAAGCUUAAGUCAAAGAAGCAUGUGACGGUGAAGGAAAGUGAGAUAAGUCACGAAGUGGUGAACAGCCAGGAGGAAGAGGAGGCUGAUGCCAACGAAGGGGAGCAGAGACAUCAGAAAGAGAAAUCCAGCUGUGCCUUGAUUCCUCCAAAAAAAGGCAAACUGAAACGCAAGAUGAAGGUGAAAGAAGAGACUCUGGGGGUGUCGCCGUCACCAGAGAGUGAAGGAAAUCCUCCCAAAGGAGGAAAGAAGAAAAAGAAGAAGGUCAUAAAACUAAAAAGGAAGAACAAGAUCAACACAGAGGGGAUGCCUGCAGGCUAUUCUCAACCUGUAGACCUUUCUGCUACGUUUGAUCUCUACCGAACGGCAAUACGGGCUCUGAAGGAACGUCAGGAGCAGAGAUCGUAAGAGAUUCCUGGUUGACUGCUGUGACUCGAAUGCGAGGAUGCUGCGCAUGAGUAAAGAUGGUCCCUGCAGUGCUGCCACUCCGCUUCACAAACGCUUUCCUGUCAAAAGAUACAUCUCAGAGAGCGAUUCGGACUUGUUUGCACUUCCUACUGUGCACUGCCACCUCAGACUGAUCCCUGAACAUUUGAAUUCCGAUGUGUCAUGAUGGGAAACUAAAUAUUCCUGCAGAGCAAAAUUGUACUACAGUAGAGAUACUUGCACAAUAACCUCAAAAGAGUAUUUAAGUGAUGUAAAAUAACAAAACUGUAAUCUACCAAGUUAACACAAUACAAACAUGAAGCCAUUUCUUUUUUCAUUAUUUGCCUGAUUCACAUGAGUUCAUUAGCGUCGGCCUAUUUUAAUGUGUAGUGCUGCGGUUUUUCUGUUGUGAGUGUGGAGCUAAAACCCUUUUCACACUGGGCCAACAUAGAGUUGCGUAAUGCGGCAUACCGACUACGGCGAGUUUAUGCAGCCCUACAUGGCAAUACGCUGAGGGAUGAAAAGGGACUCAAAGGGGUCCACAAAAUAGAUGCAAAAAAUGAAACAAGAUUGGUUUUUUGCGGACUUUCGGCAUAGAGCACCGGACGCAGUGUUCUACACAAGUCUACACAACACUCCGCUACUGUAUUUAAGUCUCUGCAACACUGGACUAUUAUACAUCAUGCCUCUGCAAUUGUACACAACCCUAUGCCAGUCCGGCGAAAAAUCCUUUUUGGUUUUUUAUCAGUACAUACCUGCAUUGCUAGAUUUUAUUCAUCCCACUGAACUUUAAUGGCAGUGAAGCUUCAAAACCACAGAAGAAGAGGCGGGCCAAGCUUCCAUGUCCUGCCAAGCUUCCACGGAUGAAUAGCCAGCGAGAAGACAUGUCUACGUCCACUAUAACACCUCACAGACAGAUUGCCAGCAAGAGGACAUGUACACAUCCACUAUAAUACCUCAAGGAUGGAUCGCGCACAGUCGCCGGCUGUAGCUCCGCUUUCACCUCCUCAAGUUCUCUCACGACUGUGGCAUGUCAAAGUCCAUUAACUCCUGGAAAUAAUGUAUUCUGACCUUUUCCAAUGUAUCAAAUCAAUCUGCGUGUCCAGGCAGUCUGUAAAAACUGCGUGAUGGAGCCAAGCUUCUCUCCUCUGCCCUUAUGCAGCCAUUCCUGCAUACGAGAUACACAGCACAAUGCAACUCUACGUGGGCCUGGUGUGAAAGGGGCUGACUACUUAACUUUGCAGUUAUAAGUUUAAAUUACUUGAUAUAACAUCAUGGUUGUAAGUGACAUUAUUUAAUGAACAUAUGUUAUAAAAAUGGAAUACUUGCUCGCAAAGUAGCUUAGAAGGCUAAUUUCUGAAGCAGCUACAUGCUAACUAGCUAAGGUAGCAUAACGGAAGCUCCCUUGCAGACAGUUUUGUGAAUACAGUAAAACCUACAAACAUGCUCAGAGUUCACAACUUCACCAAAACAUAUUCCCUUUUCUGUAAUGAUAAAAAAUGACAUUUAAAAUAAAAAAUUCUAAAAAAAUAUAAAAUUUUGCUGAUUUUGUCCAAAAUGUACCAAAUACUGCUUUGCUAUAUGUUAAGCACUGUGUAAACACACACACACACACACACACACUGGAUUGCACUCACAACUACGCAAUAUAUCUGUUACAGCUCAGGAACUACAAUUUCACUAAAAGCUGUUGCGUAAUUUCUCAGUAAGCCUGACAAAAAGUAACUAACAAACACUACAACCUACUAUCACUACUCCUACUAUUGUUACUCCUACUACUGCUAAUACUACCAGAGCGCAUUUGGCCAAAUCUUUGUGAUUUAGUUUAUACUGUCUCAACUUUUAAGAACUUUACUUAUCUGUGAACAUUGUAUUUUAGUUAUACAGUGCAUUGGUUUGUCAUUGAGUUAAACUAUACAAUAAACAUCUUUUUCCACGAGUUUU